ACCUACAAGCGCCUUAAAUUCAGCAGGGGUGUCUGGCAUGGCGCAGCGGCCAACUGGGUGAAGGCAGAAAAAAAAAUCCGCCAGGAGGAAGGAUGCUGCACUGAGGCUGCCGGGGUUUCUUUCUCCUCUCAACACGCUCCGUUUUUACAGGCGAAAUCUGCACAGUUGCAAGCGGCUGGACGCCGCUCGGCUCUGCCCCGCUCCCCCUCUGUGGUCGGUCUCAGAUAUAUUGGCGCCCCCCUCCCUCCUUAAUCUGCCCAGAUUGUCGGCGACUUGCUGCAGUCGAUGCUGCAGUUUUGAAGCCGCUCCUGCGCCGGGACAGCUGACUCAAUGAGAAAGACAUGCUCGCAUUCGUGUUGGUCUCUGGCUCGCUCUGGAUCAUAUUAGAGCUCAGUUCCACCCUGAUGGAGAAGAUGCAGGCCCAGGAGAUGAUGAGUGGCCUGAGGAUACCGGAGAUCAACGAUCUUGGACAGCUGUUCCGCUCGCUGCCGACCUCCACGCUGGUGGGCAUCGGCGCCCUGACCGCCGUGCUGGCCUACUGGCUGGCCACCAGACCCCGCCCCAUCAAGCCCCCCUGCAGCCUGCAGCACCAGUCGGAGGAGGUGCCGCAUGAAGACGGAGGCCGCAGGUCCAUGAUGGGAGACCCGUCCAAGCUGCUGGCGCAUUACCAUGACGACGCCAGGACCAUGUACGAGGUCUUUCAGAGAGGCCUCCAUAUAUCCGGUGACGGGCCUUGUCUCGGCUCCCGGCUCCCAAACCAGCCUUACAAAUGGAUGUCCUACAAAGAGGUCACGGCCCGGGCAGAGCACCUGGGUUCGGGGCUUCUGCACCAGGGCUGCCAGCCCAACCCCAACCAGUUCAUCGGCGUUUUCGCUCAGAACAGACCUGAGUGGAUCAUCUCAGAGCUCGCCUGCUACACCUACUCCAUGGUGGUGGUUCCCCUUUACGACACACUAGGUCCAGACGCGAUCCGGUUCAUCAUUAACACUGCGGACAUCUCCACAGUCAUCUGCGACAAGGCAGAGAAAGCUCAGGUGCUGUUGGAAAACGUGGAGCGGAAGGAAACACCGGGCCUGAGGAGAAUCCUCCUGAUGGAUGCCUUCGACCAGGCCCUGGUGGAGCACGGGAAAGGCUGUGGUGUCCACGUGCAGGCCUUGCAAGAAGUGGAGGCUCUAGGCAGAGAGAACUACAGAAAACCAAUACCACCAGCACCAGACGACCUGUCUAUUGUGUGUUUCACCAGUGGAACCACAGGAAACCCGAAAGGGGUCAUGUUAACCCAUGGGAACGUGGUGGCUGAUUUCUCCGGCUUCCUCAAAGUAACAGACAAAGUAAUUUUCCCCAACCAAGACGAUUGCCUCAUCUCCUUCCUCCCAUUGGCUCACAUGUUUGAGAGGCUCAUUGAGUCUGUGGUGUACUGCCAUGGGGGCCGGAUCGGCUUCUAUCAGGGAGACAUCCGUCUCCUGUCAGACGACAUGAAGGCUCUACGGCCGACCAUUUUCCCCGUGGUGCCUCGACUACUCAACCGCAUGUACGACAAGAUUUUCAGCCAGGCAAACACUCCGCUGAAGCGUUGGCUGCUCAACUUUGCUGCCAAGAGAAAAGGUGCGGAAGUGAGCAACGGCAUCAUUCGCAGCGACAGCAUCUGGGACAAGAUCUUCUUCAGUAAGAUCCAGGCCAGCCUGGGAGGAAGGCUGAGGAUGAUAAUAACAGGAGCAGCUCCUACCUCACCCAGUGUCCUGGGAUUCCUCAGAGCAGCCCUGGGAUGUCAGGUGUACGAGGCGUAUGGCCAGACAGAGUGCACAGCUGGCUGCACCUUCACCACACCGGGAGACUGGACUCCAGGUCAUGUGGGGGCCCCGCUGCCAUGUAACCUCAUCAAACUGGUGGACGUUCCUGAGAAGAAUUACUUUGCCUCAAAGGGAGAGGGCGAGGUUUGUGUCAAGGGACCAAACGUGUUUAAGGGUUACCUUAAAGACCCAGAGAGGUCGGCCGAGACCCUGGAUCCAGACGGCUGGCUCCACACCGGAGACAUCGGAAAAUGGUUGCCUAAUGGCACGCUGAAGAUUAUUGACAGGAAAAAGCACAUCUUCAAACUAGCGCAGGGUGAGUACAUCUCUCCCGAGAAGAUCGAGAACAUCUACAUCAGGAGCGAGCCUGUGGCACAGCUUUACGUUCACGGAGACAGUCUGCAGUCCUGUUUGGUCGGUAUUGUGGUUCCCGACCCUGAAGUCAUGCCUGAGUGGGCCAAGAAGAAAGGCAUACUGGGCACGUACAAGGACCUAUGUAAAAACACGGUUUUGAAGAAGGCAAUCCUUGAUGAUCUGGUGCGUCUGGGCAAAGCGAGCGGCCUCCACUCUUUUGAGCAGGUGAAAAACAUCUACAUCCACAAUGAAAUGUUCUCCAUUCAAAACGGCCUCCUGACUCCGACACUAAAGGCCAAGAGGCCGGAGCUGAAGGAGGUCUUCAAGGGGAAGAUCGAGGAGCUGUACAGCAGUAUCUCCAUGUGAAGGCCACCGGACCUCAUUUCCCUUCAAGCAUCCCAACAAAGAGUUCUGCUUUGAGCUGCAGUGAGACAAAGAUGUCACCUGAGGCUUAAAAUGCUUUAGCAAAAAAAAAAAAAAAAAAAAAAUUAAAAAUCUGGGCCCGACUGUGAAGGAUUGAAAAUGCCUCAAGAAAAUCCAAUCAACCCUUUCGUGCGUGCGGGAUCGUGAUGGUGUGACGUUCAGCCAUCAUGGCAUCAUUUCAGAGGCUUCUCUUAAAGCAUGCAUGAAAGGGUUGAGAGACCAAAAAAAAACAAGUUACAAACUAUGAUGCAGAUUGGCAUAUGGAUUGUAUUGUAAUGCAUGCAUUUACUGUGUCAUGGUAUCUCAAAUCAGAAAUUAGUUUUGUUUUUUUGUUUUUUUCAUUUUUAGCUGUUAAUGAGUUGCGUUCUUUGUGUCAAACAUUUUUAUGGAUUCGUUCAAAUUACAAACGUGUUUUAUGUGUUUUCCAGAAGAGGGCAGUGUUGAUCAGGUGCAAGGUGUUGCUGCAGGUGAUAAGAGGAGCAAAGUUCACCUCAUCAGCAGCUGCAGAGUUUUAACCACACAGAAACUGUUGACAUAGUUUUGACUGAGAACUGACAAUCUGUCACAUUCAAGGGAGAACUUGGACAGGCUGGUAUUAAAAGAUGUCUUUAAAGUACAAAGCUAAAAUGUAAAAAACACAAAUCUUGAAAUGUAUGAAUUUUUACAAACUUUGUUGAUUUUAAUAAGAAUUUUUUCCAUUUUUUUUAACUGAACUGACACAGUAAAUGCAUGCAAUAAAACAGAAAUACUGUACAUAUAGCAAUGUACAUGAAUUCAUACCAUUUUUAUAUGACUUGUUUUGAUUUUAGCACCUCAGAUCUUCCAUAUAUCGCUAACUGCUCCUCACCUGAAUCAUCCCCACAGCUGAAACUCAGCAUCACUCAAGCACUGAGCUCAUUUCCACUGUAUGCCACUCUCUCUCCUCUCCAUCGCUCCAAACCUACCAGCCAAACACAGCCCAACAGCGGAAAGAACCUUCUACAAUCAUACGACAGCGAGUGUGAUGUCUUUGUAAGUAGCGUAGCUCCAGGAGAUGUCUAAAUGUGUAAAAACGCUGACACUUUGUUGGACAGGAACAAACUUAUUCCCCCGGUGGGAAAAAAAAAAGUAGACUUUCGUUCAAUGGGAAUGCCAGUUACACAACACCCUGAACUGAUACAAGAAUCAAAAGUUACGUAUAACCAAAUAUUGUACAACUGUUAAAAAAAAAAAAAAAAAAAAAAGAAAAACAGGAAAAAAAAAACAGCAAAACAAAAAAAUCCUUCUGUUUGAGGUCACAUUUAGAAUAAGAAAGUAAAGUAGCAGCUUCUGCGUUUCCAGUCACUGCUGCCCACGUUGUUCCAUGUAGAGCAUCUCGAUGUUUGAGCCACAUCUGAGUCACAGUUCAUGUCAUGUAUUCAUUCACUCUCUCAUCAUCAGUAUGGCUGCGGGUCAGAAGUUUAGCAUGCAUGCUCCUUGUUUAUGUAAAGGACUGACCCAGUGUAACGGUCAAUGAGGUUCACAUGCUACGGUUGGUACCAACACUACUUUGUUUUUAUUUUUCUUUUCGGUUCCCAGACAUCUUUGCACAAAGAGUAUGUCAGGUAAAAGAAAACAUGCAAAAGCAGGGCUCAGGGCAAUGCAUGCAGUUUGCCCUGCAUUACUGAGGCUACUGGCAUUUGACUUGAAAAAGACAAGUACUUCUCUUUGGGCCUUUGUAUGCAGCUGCCAGCAGCUCCAGCUGUUAGAGCAGGAAGGACUCCACUCACUCACUGAAGGUCGAUUGAACAAACGUCAACUUUUAAAUGAAACUAAUGUGGUUUUUUUUGAAGGGGUUUACACUUAGAAGUAAUGUAUACGCUUUUUAAGUUGAUUACCGUCCCAAAGCAUUUCCAAUGCGGAUGUACAUAAAUGAGGACAGCUAGAUGUAAGCAUAUUUAUUGAAUCAAUGGUUUGAAUGGAUUUUUUUUUCUCUUUUUUGCGUGUAGUGAGAUGAAUUGUACUUAUUUAUUUAUCUAUUCUGCUGUAAAAUGGAAUCAGCACCAUAUCCUUGUAAUGAUUGAGUGCAGCAAUAGGGACGAGGGAGGGCAAGGACUAGGACAGGGGUCGUGAAAUAAAAGAUACUCUGGAAUGAUUUUAA